CUAUCAGGCCCAACAAACCAAAAGAAUGUAGAGUUCAAAGCGUCUCCCUGGCCGUUCAUACCGUUCAGAACACGAUACAAUUUCACGCUUGUAUUUAUUCCAGGUAAGCUAAAACUAUCUUGGCUUAAUUCCUUUUAACGACUCGCUGCAAUAGUACACAUGUGUGAUUAGGUGAGGAACUACACUCAACUCUUCCUAAGACGGACAUCGAAGGGGCCAACCCUUCCCUCUUAGACAAGUGUCCGACACUUAGAGGUGCAGAUAACGCGACACCGCCGAUAAUUGUAAGAUGACUGAUAAACCUGGACCUACGCUCAAUGAUAGCUAUAAAAUGAAAGUGGUGCAACACCUCUCCUCUUAACCAUAAAAUCGAGCUUGUGAGAAGCCUUGCAGCUGUUCAAAAUGUCCAGUUUAAUUGGACCCCUAGCUGUACGGCCCAGUUCUUUUGUUUUCUCGCUAGGGUUCAAGUGUUAAUUUUUUUUGCUCACUGCAGUUUUCCCAACCAAUCCCUUAAGGUCUUCCGAGAAUUACUCUGCAAGGUCGCAAUUUUUUUAUUUAUUUUUUUAAUUUUUAAAAAUUUUUUACAUUUUUAAAACUAAACUAGUGAGCAGCACUCUGCGAACUGUUACUGUAAAACUUGUUUAUUCUUCAAUGUUUGCGCCCAUUAUUAUUUUUAGUCAUAUUACGGCUUAAAUACAGGCGUUUAGUAUUUUAUUGUAAAACUCCCUGAAGAAGUCUACGUUAGUUAGACGAAACGCGUAAGGAGAAUAAACAAGUUUUACAGCAACAGUUCGCAGAGUGCUGCUCACUAGUUUAGUUUCAAAAAUUGAGCUUAUUCAAAUUUUUCUGUGACGAGCGUUAACAGGAAAAAAACGUGAAAGGCGGGAAAGAUGGCUAGUAUUUCCUUGGUAAAAGAAUUUUGAGGGAAAAAAAUUAACCGGCAUAUCAAGAAUUUCCUGGAUCUGCCUCUGGUCCCAUGAAAAAAACUAAGAAAUAACUUGACUGCUUAAAUCAUCUCAAGCUGAUCAAUUAUUCGACUUAAAGAUAAAUUUAUGAUUUUUUUGUUAUAUUUUUGUUUUUUUAUCCUCCAUAAGAUGAAGCCAUUUUUGCGGCGACAUCAGAGUACAAGGUGUGGAUAGAACCGGGCGGUCAAUUGUAUUUAAGGGGGACGGGGGACGUUUGCAGCCAGAAUGAAAAAUUCUGCAGUUUAGCGGCGGGUGGUGAGUAACUGGUUAACUAAAUAAAAAAAAUAAAUAUAAAUAAAUAAACAAGUCAAUAAAUAAUUAUGAUGAUGAUGAUGAUAAGUCAUUAGAUGUAUUGGAGUGUUUUGUUCUUUAGUUUGUGAUGGAAAUAAGAUGCACAAUACAUGAACGGUGAAAAUGGAAAGGUUGUAACCGAAGAAAAAUAGACUAAAGGAAUUCCACUUGUCCUAUUUUAACAAAUCUUUUUAAGCACCAUUUAAAACGCCCAUAACAUUAACAUCGAGUAAUGAUAAUAACAAUAAUAAAGAUACAUGUACAGGAAAUGACACAUGACACGGCGUUAUUCUGUGGGUGUUAUUAAAGAGUUCUGGGUCAGGGCUAAAAUCUGAGUGCGCGGAUAUUUUUCAUCAGAGCCUGAUCUCUGGUUGUUACGCCAAACUGACGAGCACCAAAGAGGGCGAAACAGCUGUCUAUGGCUACAAUCCCGCUCUGUUUUGAGUUCUUUCGGUGUGGUGUUGAUGUCUUGCAGAGUUAAUUUUCACGUAGUACGAUCAGCAUUGCAGUAUUCUGCUGGCAGAAUUAAAUAUGUCUACAUUAAUAUUUUUGCUAAUCAGGUCUUUAUAGAUCCUACGUUCUUCGGCAUAUUCGUUUGCGGUCCUUUGCAGUCCCUUGUGGUUAAUGUUUGUACCCCGAAAUUAGUUAAGAUGCCAUUUUAAGUUUCCUAACUUUAAGGCCCUCCUUCUAAGAGUGUUAGUGGAUAUUUGCUAACUAGUUUUUAAUGAAAACUGAAAAAAAAACGUGGAAAAGUCUAUUCAAUUAUGUACGAAAAAAGUGAUUUACUAAAAGGCAGUAAAUACAGUCGAACCUCCAGUCAAAGCCUUACCUCCAGUAAGCGACCGCAACCACUUUUUGGGCCUGACGGUUAAUGAUUUUCCAUUGUUUUUAACCUCUUGUAAGCGACCGCUUGACGCAUUCUCUGAUUUCUAAGUUCGCGGUAGGGGUGCACUAUGCUACUCAGAAUAUACGACGAACUUUAGUGACAACAUGGACUAGACAUGUGGUAACUUAGAAAUUGCAUGCAAUAAAUUAUCCUCCAUAAAGGGGAUGUCCCUCAGGACCUCUUCUCGGUAGAAGUCUCCGGUGGUUCGAUUCUUGUAAACAACCACGCCCAGUAAGCGACCACUCAGUCUUUGCAUUUUGGGUAUACGCUUACGGGAGGUUUGACUGUAAUGGUAUAUAGAAGUAUAAACGAAGUGGAUGUUGCUGUUGUUGCUUUUUUUAUUUAUUGUGUGUUUUUUAACUGUUGUUAGCAAUUUGUAAUUUUUCAUCCUUGUUUCCAUUUCUUAGAAAAGUUUGUUUUGAAGCAUUCUGAUAUACUGAGAACAUUUCCAGCAGGUCUCAAGGUAAUAUAAUGUUAGACUAUACUAUCUUGCUUUUUGAGUUUAUGGUGAGGGGUUAUCUUCUAUUUUUUCGGUGACUAAUUGCCCACCCACGUCGUUAAAACAAACAGUCGACAACACUCUUGUCGACAUAUUAUACAACUGAAAAGGGUAAUAUUGAAGCAAACGGCGCCUUGUACGUGUACACCGCUGCUUGUGGAAGAGGCAAUUAUUCUCCAAAAGAUUUUCAAAACAGUUUUGAGAGAGAAUCCAUUGUCUUUCGUAGCUGCUUGUUAAUAUUCCUUGCAACUUGGCACUGAUCGUCGGCUGCUACGGAUAUGAGUUGUAACGUCAUAUGUUGUAAAAAGUACUUCUAUUGAAAAACAAAAAUUUCCAAACGUUGCCGGCAUUCUUGCGCAAGAAAAGGUGUAAAACAGUACCAAUCACAAAUCCACGCUUUAAGUGGAAACAAAACCAUAUAACCCUGAAGCGUAUAACUCUGUUCCAAUGCUGGUGUUUUGGUGAAUCAAUCAAAAUGGAGUUACUGAUACGUGCGCGCAAUAGUGUCGGGCGAGUGCCUAUGAAAGCCUUGUACGGCGAUGAGAACGAAGCGCAAGAUGUAGAAUAUAAAAAGUUUUACCAUGCACACUGAAACAAGAAACUACUUAUAUAUCGAGCAAGAAGAUAUUUUGUUAAGGUAAGUCUUCCAAAAGCAGCUAAAAGUUGUACACUCCAAAACGCAGUUUAGCGCACGAAAAUAACAACACGCUCGUCUGAUCCACGAUUUGUUAAUGUAAAUUUUUUUGUCUGUUGAUUAUCUUGUAUAACAAAUUGAAAACUGCCCAGCGUGAACUAUGGAGUUACGAAUGUACUCUAAGAAUCCGUUAUUAGAAGGAUGCCUUCAACAGACCAAUUUCGAUAUGUUAAAAUUUAGAUUCGGCAGCGAGGUUUGGGGAAUAGCGCAAAAUAAAUGUAUUAAUCAUUGUUGAGCCUCUUUUGUUUAUUCCCACAAGCUUCGGUGCUAAGUCUGAAGUUUAUAUUUCGAGGUUAGUCUAUUCUGUGAUUCCAUAUUUGGACAAAAAUUUCUGUGCUCCUGAUUGGACGGCAAAAAAACCGCAGCACGGUUCUGGUGCAAAUAACUGCUAUUUUGAAAUUGAUAUCUCAGGUCCACAGCAGUGCAAUAUUCCCCAUUCCUAUAGAAAUUGGAAAUCUAUCGAUGCCAGAAUUUUGAUGUCAGCGUACACCCGUUCGCCCACCCGUACAGACUGUAAGGAAGGGGGAAGGGGAAUUCUGCAAGGAAGGGAACGUGGUUCUCCCAGAAAGGGCCAAUGGAGUUGUUCCAGUUAAAGUUUCUUUCGUUUGACUUACGUCAAGAAAAACUUACUUUUUAGCUUUGUCACGCUAUUCUAGCUCCUUGCCGCUAGGGAUGUUUCGGGAGAGACGUCUGUCUGUUUUGCCAGUGUCCAUACUGUCGGAGCAUUACAUUGCUUGAUAUAUUACCGUUCCUCACGUCCAACUUUUUAUACUGACCGUCUUUGUUCUUUCUUUACAUACUGUAGGUGAAUUUUGGAGCAGAAUUGAAAAUCUUUAACCAAGAAUACAAGAUGGUUUUUUGCGCUUCAUGUGAGGCAACGUUACGUAGUUAAAGAGAUCGUCUCUGUUAUCAAGUAACAAUUUAAAAUACCUUGGCUAGUGAAAAUAAACCUGAACCCUGAAGUUCAAAUUAGUUAAAUAGAUGAUUCGGUUUUAUUCGAUUUGCUGGUAUUAAUUACAGAAUAAUACAUGGGCGCGCAGAGAUAUUUAAUACAUCUAAUUUCAGCGUCAAUUUGAGACAUCGAGAUAUAGCUAUUUGAACACAAGAUGAUAGCAACUUCCAUUUUUUCAAGCGUCCAUGUAUUCCUAUGUCGAAAAAAUACCUUUGUUGUUAAAAUAAAUAUUUCAAUCCAAUUUGUCACAGAUCUAACUAAAGGUGAAACAGCUUUAAUACUCAAAACAGUAAGAAGCAUGCUCAAUUUAAGCUAUGUUUUUUUACGUUACAUUCUGAUUUAUAAUCUAGAAGUAUCGUUCAAUUUUCAUAUAACAUUUUUACAAUUAAGGUUUUUUCCUUACUUCCGGCUAUUUACUUCGAGCUCCCCAUAACUCGAACUCCCGAUAACACGAACUUUUUCGAUUUGCCUUGAAGGUUCGAGUUAUCGGGAGUUGUCUGUAUAUAAAGUGUCUAUUCUACAGAUAUGAAGUUUUUAGUCAGAAUUCUACGUCAUUUUACUGAGAAUAUCUAGAGGAAUAACCUUGAGAACUGGAUAAAUCACUAUCAAAAGGAUUAGUGUUAGGGAAACCAAUGGCACUAUCCAGUGGAUAGCGUUAUCCACCUUUUGAACAACUGGGGCUUGAUUGGUCAAUUUUAAUUGACCAAUCAAAGUUAUAUAUAAUUAUAUACACCUAAUUGCAAAAACGUUGUCAUGGAAAAAAUGAAAA